GGCCUCGCGUCCAUCUUUACCGCUCCCUGGGACCUGUCACAAAGGAGUCGCACCGCCGCCGCCCCCUCCCUCCGGUGGGCCCGGGAGCUGGAGAAAGUCAGUGCCUCGGCCCGGCCGCGUUACUCGGGGAAGCCCCUGGGGACGCGGAGAAGGGGUGGGAGUCCAAGGGCUGGGGACUUUAGAGAGGAACGGGAACUGCCUCCCGAACCUGGGGUGGGGAGACCGGACUGGGGUCGAGAGAGACUCCGGGAAGGGGCCCGGGAAGAGGUGGCCUUGGGCUGAGCCCGGGAAACACCCUGGACGUUCCCCGCCGCGGCCCGCGCUGAGGGCGCCCCGAAGAGGCUCCUGCAAGAGGGUGUUCCCCCCCUUGGGGGGUCUUGGCCGGAAGAGGCUCUAGAGGGUCGCCUUUCUGAGGAGGCCACGCCGAAAAGGGCGCAGCCAAGAUCCAUCUGGCAGCAGUAAUGUUAUCCCUGGUGUCAUAUCCUGUCCUGACCCUGUUUGAAUUGCUGGCAACUCCCUGGGAUGGACUGCUAACGGUCACUGGAUGACCAGGCCCCCGUGUAGUUGAUAAUGUUGGAUAACAGCUUUGCAGCGUGCUUUGUGGUUCCGUUUCUAAAAACCAAUAGGAUGAAAGUUUUCCCGCUCCAGAUUAUGAAAAUGGUACUUGGAAAACUGAAAACUAUCUAAAUGAUUGUCUUUGGUUGGGCCGUGUUCUUAGCGAGCAGAAGCCUUGGCCAGGGUCUGCUGGUGACUCUUGAGGAACACAUCGCCCACCUCCUGGGAACGAGAGGCACCUUGACCAUGGGCAAUUCCUGUAUCUGCCGAGACGACAGUGGAGCAGAAGACAAUGUUGAUAACCAACAGCAGCAGUCUGAGCACAGCGCAGUACCUACGGCUGACUCAAGAAGCCACCCCCGGGACCCUGUUCGGCCACCACGGAGGGGCCGAGGACCACAUGAGCCGAGGAGAAAGAAACAAAACGUGGAUGGGCUGGUGCUGGACACACUGGCAGUGAUACGAACCCUUGUAGAUAAUGAUCAGGAACCUCCCUACUCAAUGAUUACAUUGCACGAAAUGGCAGAAACAGAUGAAGGAUGGUUAGAUGUUGUCCAGUCUUUAAUUAGAGUUAUUCCGUUGGAAGACCCAUUAGGACCAGCUGUUAUUACGUUGUUACUAGAUGAAUGUCCUUUGCCCACUAAAGAUGCACUCCAGAAAUUGACUGAAAUCCUCAAUUUAAAUGGAGACGUAGCCUGUCAGGACCCAGGCCAUCCUGCAAAACACAGGAACACGUCUGCAGUCCUAGGUUGCUUGGCUGAGAAGCUAGCAGGUCCUGCAAGUAUAGGUUUACUUAGCCCAGGAAUCCUGGAAUACUUGCUACAGUGUCUGAAGCUGCAGCCCCACCCCACCGCCAUGCUCUUUGCUCUCAUCGCCCUGGAGAAGUUUGCACAGACAAGUGAAAACAAAUUGACCAUUGCCAAAUCCAGUAUUAGUGACCGUCUUGUCACAUUGGAGUCCUGGGCUGAUGAUCCUGAUUAUCUGAAACGUCAAGUGGGUUUCUGUGCCCAGUGGAGCUUAGACAAUCUCUUUUUAAAAGAAGGUAGGCAACUGACCUAUGAAAAGGUGGACCUGAGUAACGUCAGGGCUAUGCUGAACAGCAACGACGUAAGCGAGUACCUGAAGAUAUCGCCUCAUGGCUUAGAGGCUCGCUGUGAUGCCUCCUCCUUUGAAAGUGUCCGUUGCACCUUCUGUGUGGACGCCGGAGUGUGGUACUACGAAGUCACAGUGAUCACCUCUGGUGUCAUGCAGAUAGGCUGGGCCACCAGAGACAGCAAAUUUCUCAAUCAUGAAGGCUACGGCAUUGGGGACGACGAGUACUCCUGUGCGUAUGAUGGCUGCCGGCAGCUGAUUUGGUACAACGCCAGAAGUAAACCUCACCUGCAUCCGUGCUGGAAAGAAGGAGACACAGUAGGAUUUCUGUUAGACUUGAAUGAAAAGCAAAUGAUCUUCUUUCUAAACGGCAACCAGCUGCCUCCCGAGAAACAAGUUUUUUCAUCUACUAUAUCCGGGUUUUUUGCCGCAGCGAGUUUUAUGUCAUAUCAACAAUGUGAGUUCAAUUUUGGAGCAAAACCAUUCAAACACCCACCAGCUAUGAAGUUUAGCACUUUUAAUGACUACGCCUUCCUAACAGCUGAAGAAAAAAUAAUAUUGCCAAGGCACAGGCGUCUGGCUCUGCUGAAGCAGGUCAGCAUCCGGGAAAACUGCUGCUCCCUGUGCUGUGAUGAGGUGGCAGACACACAGCUGAAGCCGUGUGGACACAGUGACCUAUGCAUGGACUGUGCCUUGCAACUGGAGACCUGCCCAUUGUGUCGGAAAGAAAUAUUGUUUAGAGUCAGACAGAUUUCUCAUAUUUCAUGACACACGUGAAAAUGCAUCAUGGACGUAUUUCUACUCGAUUCCAGCCAAUGUGGAAAGGGAAAACAAAGGAAAAAACAAAAACAAAACAUCUCUAAUCACUCAUCAUACGUACAUUGAAACAUAGCCAUGGCCAGAUUUUAUGCUAAAAAUGGUAGUUUGUCAAAGACAACAUUCUCUUAGAAUCUAACCCAACUUGCCAGCCCUGAGAAAUUCCUUUUUAGGCCAAGGAAUGCUGAAUGCGGAACGUGUUGGCCAGGGGAACUUCCCUGAAAGACAGUCGGAGACAGGGCCCUCCUGAGUGUUGGCGGCAUACUGGCCUUUGCCAAGGCGGGUUCAUUUGAUUUGAUU